AGUGGAAAUCAGUAUGUACCUUUUUGUGAAUAUCAUAAACAAUGCUUAUUCGUAUAUAUAUCAUACUAUAUUUAAUCCAUAUGAUGUAUCAUAUGUAUAUUACUUUCUCUAUUCAAUAUGUUCAUUGGCAUAAAGAUAAUGAUCAUAAUUUAGAUAUUGAAUCUAAUAUGGAUCUAGAUGAUCUUUUAAAAGAAAAAUAUGAGGGAAAUUUAAAAGGAACUCAUUCUUAUAAUUCAUAUGAACAAAAAUUAUCCAGUAAAUCAUUAAGUGGAAAAAUUAUUGAUAAAUUACAAAAAGAUACAAAAAAUUAUGAAAAAGAAAAAUCAAUAAUUGAUCAAAAAAUGAAACCAAAUCAAAAUCAUCAUUAUGGUACAUCAAUUAUUAUAACUCAUAAUAAAUAUACAUCAAUAAUCAAUGGUAAAAAGAAAACUGAUGAAGAUGAAACUAUUGAAGCAGAAGAAUAUGAUGAUCAUGAUGAUGUUCAUGAUGUUGUUGAUCAAGAUUUGAAAGUUGAUAAACAUUCAUAUAGUUUAUUGGAAUUUCCAUUUACAGUAUUGAAUAAUUUUGGUUUUGGUGGAUGGUUUUGACAUAGAUAGAUAGAUAGAUAGAUAGAUAGAUAGAUAAAUAGAUAUACAUAUAUGGAAACUGUAAAUUGAUUAUUGAUUUUAUUGAAAGUUUGUACAUCUAUGAUGAUGUUAAUCGAAUUUGCUUUUGUUUGUAAA